AACAUAAUUGUUAUUUGUAAGGUGACAUUAACGCCGCAAUGAGAUUACAUAUCCUUUGUUAUUGUUGUUGUAUUUGUUCAUCAAAAUGGUUGUUCCUAAUAUUAGCAUCGUUAUCAGCAUCAGCAAAAAAACAUACAAUAUUUACAACAAUUUUUAUCGUCUUAUUAUUCCUAUUUACAUGCUCGUCAACAACAAGUGCAAAUCGAAACACGAAACAAUUACGAACAAUAAAACAAUAUCAAGAACAAAAAAAUCAACAUUUUCACAGCGACAAUAUCGACACUUUACAUCACAACAAGGUGUCACUUGAAGACAAAACGAACUUAAACAAUAUCAAUUUGUUGUCGUAUGAUAAUAAAUCGAAUAGUUAUUCAAAAAAUAAUCCAAAUCGUUCACGAAUUAACAAUAGUGAUUUAAAAGAACGUGUUAUUGAUAAAAAUUGCAAAUAUAUAAUAUCAGGUGAUAAUGGAUUAGUUUUACAUAUAAAUAAUAUCAAUUAUAAAGAUGCGGGUCACUAUCAAUGUGCUCAAGUUCAAGAACAUUCAGGGAAGAUAUUGGUCAAAGGAAAACGAAUACUUUUGAAAAUUAUUGACAAACCAACAACUGCCGCUGCCACCAACUCCCAUGUGUCACAUCGACCAUUGACAACGCAAACACAUCGUCAUACACGGAAUAUUGUUGAAUCAUCAUCAACAUCAUUAUUAUCAGCAAAAAUAACAUCAUCCUCAUCAGAAUGGGCGUCGUCAUCAUCGUCUUCUUCUACCUCAAAUAAUAAUGACAAUAGGCAACAACAAUUUCAUUUAUCAUCACAGCAAACGCAGCAUGAAGAAAGUAGUGGAGAAAAAAGUAUUAAUAACGAAAAUAUUCGAGACAGUGAUGAUAUACCAACAAGGCGGAAAGAUGCCGAAAUUGAUGUUGAAGAUGAUGAAGAUGAUAUUAUUGAAGAACCAAUUGCAUUACCACAAAUCCAACAGAAUCCACAUGACGGUGCAGAUAACAUGGAUGCAACAUUAGAUGAACAUGAUAAAAACACAAAUAAUCCACAUAAACAACAACAACAAGCAGUGAUCGGUAAUAAAAAUGAAAUAACAUAUAUUAAUCAACAUGAAAAGUUAACCUUAAAAUGUGAUGUGAAUAUUAAUUUUACAAAUAAUAUAUGGCUAAAAGAUGGUGAAGUUAUUGAUAGUAUUAUAUUGACAAGUACAACGAGUGUACAUCCUGGAUCUGGACAUCGAUAUACACGUGAUCGUGCUGGUAAAUUAUACAUUAAUAAUGUACGUUUAGAGGAUAAUGGACAAUGGCAAUGUGAAGCAGAGGAUGCAUUUGGUUAUGUGAUGACAGCGAAGCCAAUUCAUCUUAUUGUUUUAGAACAACCCCGCAAACCGUAUCUCUUAAUUGACAACCGUCGAUUAGAUCCAGGAAACUUAUUCGUUCCGGUAAAAGAAAGCACAGAACUGGAUAUUCAAUGUAUUGUAGAGGGUGGUAAUCCCAAACCACGUUUAACAUGGGACUUGUCAAUAGCACCAACACCAUCUACCGCCAUCGACGGUCCAGAUAUGUCGGUUCAAGUAUUAAAUUUAACAGUGAUUGACAAGGAUAUAAUUGAAGUUGGCAACAUUGAACAACGUUCUAAUGUUGAUCAUAAUAAUGGUGUAAUAAGUGAAGCAAAAUUACGUGUAUUACGUGCACAUCAUAAUGCAACAAUAUCGUGUUUGGUACAUCAUAUGACACUCAACAACAUACCAUUACAAGCGUCUUUGUUACUUGAUGUACAAUAUACACCAUCAUUUGCUAUAUCACGUGAACCUGGCUUCGGUAUACCAGUAUUAGAAGGUAUGCCAGUAUCAUUAAAAUGUGAUGUGGAUGCAAAUCCAACGUCACAACCAAUGUGGGAGAAGGAUGAUGGUCCCCCGCCCGUUGUACAAUCCCUAGAUGGGUAUCUCAACUUUACAGCUAUACGUCGUGAACAUAGUGGAUGGUAUAAAUGUACAGCACGUUAUUUAAGUCAACAAUUUAGUUCUAUUGGCUAUUUUCUUAAUGUACGAUAUGAAACUUUGGAUGUAACACAAGAACCUGAAUUUGACGUGAGUGAACUUAGUUCAACUGGUAAACAACUUGAAGUCGCUUUAGGUGGUGCCGUUCAUUUACAAUGUCCAGCAGGUUCUCACGGAUGUUGGAGCCGAGUGAAUGCUGAAAAUGGUCGGUUAAAUCCUUUAGGUGCAUCACAGGAUCUUCGAUUGGAUAAAAUUUUGUACCAUGAAGCUGGCGAAUAUCGAUGUGUAGCACCUGGAAAAGACUAUAAAGAAAGGAUGGAUUCAUUAAGGAACGCAUUAAUUGUUAAUCUCUCAGUCAAAGGUCGUCCAACUGUUCAUCCUUCAUUACAAAAUCUUACAUCACCACCAGGUGAAACACAGAGUAUAAUUGUUGAAUUUUGUGCCAAUCCAGUAUACAAAAGUGCAUUAUGGAUAACUGAGAAUAAAAUUUUUCGUCCAGGUUUUGGUGACCCAUUAAAUAAUCGAAUAUUUGCUCAUGAUAUAAUUAAUUCAACCACACCAAAUUGUUAUCAAGCAAAAUUAACAUUUAUGUCAAUAGAUUAUAAAGAUGAUGGUGAAUAUAUAUUUUUAGUUCGAUCCAGUUCAGGAUUAGCUGAAGGUAUAGUGUAUGUCAGUGUUUUACCCACUGAUAAUAAUGAAUUUAAUACAAAUUCCGCUAAAUCAUUCAACGUCAUUAGAAAAUCAUCAACACCAUCAUUAAUUAGUAGUUAUAUUAAAUUAAUUUUAACACGAUCGUCUAUUUAUGAAAAGGAUCUAACACGAUCAGUAUGA